GCGGGCGGCAGCCGGAGCUCUGCGCGCUCCCCGCCCCGCGCAUCGCGGUCGACGCCCAGGCUGGGCGGGCCAGGCUGGCUUGCUAACUUGGGGCUUUCCCUCUUCUCUCCCAUUUGUGUUGUGGUGGUAGAUCCAUCCAGGGUCCAGGAUGACGAUCCGACACCAGGGCCAGCAGUACAGGCCGAGGAUGGCAUUUCUCCAAAAGAUUGAAGCGCUUGUGAAGGACAUGCAGAACCCAGAGACGGGGGUCAAGAUGCAGAACCAGAGGGUCCUGGUCACCAGUGUCCCUCACGCCAUGACAGGAGGCGAUGUUCUACAAUGGAUCAUCCAGCGUCUCUGGAUCUCCAACCUGGAGGCGCAGAACUUGGGUAACUUCAUUGUCAAGUAUGGCUACAUUUACCCCCUUCAAGACCCCAAGAAUCUCAUUCUCAAGCCUGAUAGCAGUCUCUACAGAUUUCAGACGCCAUAUUUUUGGCCCACACAGCAGUGGCCCGCUGAAGAUACAGAUUAUGCCAUCUAUCUAGCCAAGAGAAAUAUCAAGAAGAAAGGAAUUUUAGAAGAAUAUGAAAAGGAAAAUUACAAUUUCUUGAACAAAAAAAUCAACUACAAGUGGGACUUUGUCAUUAUGCAGGCCAAAGAACAGUACAGGGCUGGAAAGGAAAGGAACAAGGCCGACAGGUACGCGCUGGACUGCCAGGAGAAGGCCUACUGGCUGGUGCACCGAUGCCCUCCGGGAAUGAACGACGUGCUGGACUAUGGCCUGGACCGAGUGACCGAUCCAAAUGAAGUCAAGAAACAAACAGUCACUGCUGUCAAAAAAGAGAUCAUGUAUUACCAACAGGCCUUAAUGAGGUCCACAGUGAAGUCGUCAGUGUCCCUUGGAGGGAUUGUCAAGUACAGUGAGCAGUUCUCAUCUAAUGACGCCAUUAUGUCGGGCUGCCUCCCUAGCAAUCCUUGGAUAACAGACGACACCCAGUUCUGGGAUUUAAAUGCCAAAUUGGUGGAAAUCCCAACCAAGAUGCGUGUGGAACGAUGGGCCUUCAACUUCAGUGAGUUGAUCCGAGACCCCAAGGGUCGACAGAGCUUCCAGUACUUUCUCAAGAAAGAAUUCAGUGGGGAGAAUCUGGGAUUCUGGGAAGCCUGUGAGGACCUGAAGUAUGGAGAUCAGUCCAAGGUCAAGGAGAAGGCGGAGGAGAUUUACAAACUGUUCCUGGCCCCGGGAGCCAGGCGGUGGAUAAACAUAGACGGCAAGACCAUGGACAUCACGGUGAAGGGGCUGAAGCACCCGCACCGCUACGUGCUGGACGCAGCGCAGACCCACAUCUACAUGCUCAUGAAGAAGGAUUCCUAUGCUCGCUAUUUAAAAUCUCCCAUCUAUAAGGAAAUGCUGGCCAAAGCUAUCGAACCUCAGGAAACCACCAAGAAAAGCUCCACCCUGCCGUUCAUGAGGCGUCACCUGCGCUCCAGCCCGAGCCCGGUCAUCCUGAGGCAGCUAGAAGAAGAAGCCAAAGCUCGAGAAGCAGCCAACACGGUGGACAUCACCCAGCCAGGCCAGCACAUGGCUCCCAGCCCCCACCUGGCUGUGUACACUGGGACCUGCGUGCCCCCCUCUCCUUCCAGCCCCUUCUCCUCCUCCUGCCGCUCCCCCAGGAGGCCCUUCCCCUCGCCCAGCCGCUUCAUCAGGAGGCCCAGCAGCACCAUCUGCCCCUCGCCCAUUCAAGUGGCCUUGGAGGGCUCCUCAGGCUUGGAGCCCAAGGGGGAGCCCAGCUGGUCAAGUGUGCAGCGCAGGGCCCUCAUGGCCGAGAGCAGCGAGGCCUCCCUUGACGGCCCCAGGCCCCGCAGCCAGCCCAGGGCCCUGCCCAAGGCCCGCGCGGCCCUGUCCUUCAGCAGCUUCCUGAGAUGGGGCUGCCUGGCCUCGCCCGUCUUUGCCAGGCUCCCACCCAAGUGCCCUGCGGUGUCCCACGGAAAGGUGCAGCCCCUGGGGGAUGUGGGCCAGCUGCCGCGGCUGAAACCCAAGAGAGUAACAAACUUCUUCCAGAUCAAAAUGGAUGUGCCCAUAGAGAGUGGAGCCUGCCUGAUGGACUCGGAUGACACUGGAGAGGCUGGUGACCGGGCCACAGAAAAGGAGGUCAUCUGCCCCUGGGAGAGCCUGGCUGAGGGGAAGGCAGGCUGAGCCGGGCCGGGCUCCCUGAAGAUGCUCGUGGCAGACCCUGCUGGACAGGGCCACGGGGCACGCUUGCUCUCAAACCAAAGUGCAUUAGGAUGGUAUGUGAGGGCCGAAGAGUCCAGAGGAGGUGGAGUGUAGGGGAGAGUGCUCUGGCCGGCUCCCGAUGGCCAACCCCCUCCCUUGCCCUGACUUCCCUUUGCUUGGCCAGAAAGGCAUGUGGGCCAGAGGAUGUCCCUUGCUGCCUUAAAACCAAUAAAAGGAGAAUUUGGAAGAUUUUCUUGGAUCAAAAUGUUA